GUGGGACGGACCCGGAUAAAGGGAACUUCCAAGGGCCCCACGCGGACCCCAGAGCCCGAGAAUAUAGGGGUAUGCAGAGUCCGGGGAAGACCGGAGUGUUUGUGUGGGAAUGCAUGGUCCGGGGAGACCGGUUAUAGGGAGUUGAAAGGGUCAGAGGAGACCGGAUGCAUAGUGACUGCAGAGGUCCUGGCGAGACCAGAUUAUAGUGAAUGCAGGGUCCAGACAGACCAGAUAUAGUGAAUGCAGGGUCCUGGGAGAGCGGAUAUAGUGCAUGCACAGGUCCUGGGAGAGCGGAUAUAGUGAAUUGCAGGGUCCUGGGAGAGCGGAUAUAGUGAGAUGCACACGGGGUCCAGGGAGAGCAGAUAUAGUAGAAUACAGGGUC